AAGAAAGGAGGGAAAGGAGGGAAAGGAAGAUGGAUGGCGCUGUGGCUCUAUCGUCGUACCCGGCAAGAUCCGAUUAUGCAUCUCCCGCUGAAGAUCACUCGUCGCAGCACCAAGCGCAUCGGCACUGGCACGGGAUGCAGCGAGGGAACCAUCGCAGUGACGCAAGCAUGACCACGACUGCAUCAGCUGAGGUGUGCAAAUGGAGGAGGAACAGGCGAAUCAGCAUGGUGCCAACCACGCCUUUAUUCGGCCUCCUUGCUGGCUUUUUGUCUGUCACUCACGUCAACGCUUUCACCAGUGCCCAUUCUCUGCUGAGAAAGUCUGCACCGCGAUGGCAGGCAUCCAUCCAUGAAGCCGUCAGAUCCACGCGGCCGGAGUCAGUGCAGCGCCCCACAGACCGGCCUCCACGGCGCAGAAGGGAGCACAGAGGGCGGAAUGACGUCUACCUGCAAGACGAUUCAUCAUUGGUGGACAUGCAGACGGCAGCCGCAACCGAGGCAGAUGAGGACGGUGAUGAGGCCAUUGAGGUGUCAGAGGAGGUGUCAACGAGCUGGUCGGAUGCCGCUUCAUCCUCGAGUGACGAUGAGCUGUUCUUCAGCCGGAAGCAGUUUGCCGACAUCGGUGCCAGCGACGAGAUGAUUGAAGCCAUGAGCAUCGCAGGGGCCAAACGGCCGUCUAAAAUACAGGCAAGGAGUGUCCCCCUAAUCGCGUCGCGUGCAUGCGACGCAUUCUCUUCAUGUGCUUGUGUGUGUGCAUCACCAUCAGGCCUUGUCCUACAGGACGGUGCUGUCAGGCAAGAACUGCGUUGUGGCGGAUCAGACGGGCAGCGGCAAGACGCUGGCGUACCUGGCGCCCCUGCUGCAGAGGCUGAGAGACGAAGAGAGGGCGGGCAAGCCGAGAGCACUACCAGGUGAGAGGUGCGUGCGUCACACUCCACUCACCAAUCGGAUCGGCGGAGAGGUGACAAUCUGUCUUUUGGCAUGGCACCCCUGUGUGACGUGACUGAGUGCAGGCAGCCCGCGUGUCGUGGUCCUGGCCCCGACAACCGAGCUGGCGUCACAGGUGUCCCGCGUGCUCAAAAAGCUGACAGCGGUCGCACCCGUCAGAACGGCGUGUGUCACUGGUCGGUCAGCAGACACGGAGAGAGUGAGGGCCUAUGCAUUGCCUUUGCCUCUCUGUCUAUCUGUCUGUCUGUCUGUCUGUGUGUGUGCCAGGUGGUUACAAUGCGCGCGAUCAGAUGCGCAUGGUGGAGAGGUCUGGCGUAGACAUACUCGUGGCCACGCCAGGCAGGCUCAGGAGCAUGCUGCAGAUGGGCAAGCUCAACCUCCACCAGCUCAGCGCCCUGGUGCUCGACGAGGUGGAUGUCCUCUUCCUCGACGACACCUUCCUGCUGCAGCCCAUCGGCGAGGCCACCGCCCCCUCCACCCAGUUCGUCUUCGUCACGGCGACCAUACCCACAUCGGUGUUUGCCCAGAUCAAGCAGGAGUUCCCGGACCUCAGGCGCAUCAUGGGCCCGGGCCUGCACCGCAUUGCCCCCGGGGUGGAGGAGGUGCUCGUCGACUGCUCGGGGCCGAAGGAUGAGGCCAAGAAUGAGUUCACGGCCUUUGAGAGGAAGCGGAAAGCGCUGGCGGGGCAGCUGGACAAGGUGGUGGUGCCGCGGACACUCAUCUUCUGCAACUCCAUCGAGAACUGCCGGAGGGUGGAAAACGCCCUGAGGCGGCUGGACCGGGGCCGCAAGAGGUUCCAGGUGCUGCCCUACCACUCGGGCAUCGACAAUGAGCGGCGCCGCGAGAUAUUCAACGCCUUCACACGGGAAAACUUCCUUAUCCCAAUGGUCGCUCAGACUCUCAGGCCACCCAGCCAGCCACCCGAUGGACGUUAGGGUGUGUGUGUGUUUGAUGAAUGGAUCAGGUGUUGGUGUCGACAGACCAGGCGUCGCGGGGAGUGGACUUCGACCAGGUGGAGGUCGGCCAUGUCAUCUUGUUUGACUUCCCGCGCGACCCCAGUGAGUAUGUUCGACGGGUGGGCAGGACGGCACGGGCAGGACGGUGAGUGAGCAUCCACCACACACACACACAUAUACACACAUCCAAACACAGAUGGGUGUGUGCGUGUGUGUGUGUCCUAUCACUCAUUCAAUCAGGGCGGGCCGUGUGACGUCUCUCGUGUUGGGCCGCCAGGUGUCGUUGGCACGGGAGCUGAUGGAGGUCAACAGGCGGGGCGAGAGGAUACAUGACGUGCCGAAAUGAAUAGCCGAGUGACUGAGGGAGGGAG